GUCAGGUGGUGGUUCAGUUGGGGUCAGGAGGAGGUCAUCCUUUUCCGGUUCCAGCUGCGUGUGGACGAAGUGGGACCCCACCUCCUCCUCCAGUACCUCCGUCAGAGUGAGGAGCCUUCCAAGUUGGUGACCAAGUUACCGGUGCUGGCAAGCGCAAGAGGCGGAGACGCCGCCGUUGUUGCGGGGGACCGCCUGGCUCAGCUUGAGCCUUCGAUGUCGUCGCUGAGCUCAAGUGCAGCGGUGUGGUGGAGGCAGCUUAUGGAUAGGGUCAAGGGGCUCUACACUACGUGGCUGGAGAGUGCACCUGUGGGCAGGCUUUCCUUGAGGCAGUCUGUCUUGAGUCAGAGGUGGGCUGAGGAGAGACAACAACGGGUGGAGCAGCGAGCGGCAGUGUUACUUCUGGAAAGCCUACCGGAAGAACUACGCCAUGAAGUGGUGUCGGUGAGGGCGGUGACAGUGGAGGCGAUGAUUUUCCUCGUGCAUUGUGCUUUCCAGCCGGGUGGGGCUGGUGAAAAAGCUCAUCUUUUGCAGUUCUUGACGGCGCCAGAGGUGGGCAGCGGUUUGGAUGGAACCCUUCAGUUGGCGAGGAAAUGGGUGCGCCUACUUCGUCGUGGCCGCGAACUUCAACUAGUGCUUCCCGAUCCUUCUUUGCUGUGCCGCGGGCUGGAUCGCGUUAUCAGCUCCACCUUUUCAGGCAACAAGCAUCCCGCGGCAUCCUUCAGGAUUGCUUCGUUUAAGCUGGAGCGCCAGUUGGACUACAAAGUUACCCUUCUGGACGCAGAAGAUUAUGCUUACUUGGUUGUUGGGGAGCUGGAAGCUGCUUUGUUGGCGCAGCCUCUGCCGGCUCCGCCCAAGAUUGCCCGCAUGGAGGAGGCCAAGUACGGUGACGAGGCUGGCAAGGGCAAGGGCAAAGCAAAGCAGCAGAGGUGGAAAGGACAAAGGAGGAAGCAAGAGGCGGUUCGAAAGGCGGAAGAGGAGACCACAACCGAUGGAGCCCCCAAUGCUACCUCUUCCUCUACGACUGGCUCUCAAGAGGAUUCCACGGCUCAGACGGAGUUCUUUGAGGCCGUUGCGACCUCGGACCUCUUCUGGCGGGAGGGCCUUGGUGGACUCAGGCGCUACGACUUCGAUGAGGACGGCGUCGCCCCGAGAGACAGAGGAGGAACGCUGCUCACUACGAGAAGGACUGCGCCGAUCGUGGCGAUGAGACCUCUACGAGUUCGAGUUGUCAAUGGCUGCCCUGAGAUCAGUGAAGGUCUUGGGCUGGAGCUCAUUCAGGAAGCUGAGGAGGUGAAGGGAGACAAGGUGCCUUGGAACCGUCACGAGAGAAAGCGGUGGAAGCAGGCCUCGGCUGUGGCGGUGCAUCUCUUCUGUGGAAAGGAUAGAGCUGCCUGGGCUGCCCGCGCGGAGGCGGUGCAUGUGGUUUUGGUGGACCAAGCGGAGGACCUCAUGGCAGAUGGCACGUACGCGGCGCUGCUCGAUUUGGCGCUGACGGGCAAGAUCAAGAUGGUGUUUGGAGGCCCUCCAUGUCGAACUUUCUCGGCACUGAGGAACUUGGUUACAGAGGGACAAGAUGCUCCAAGGCCGCUCCGUGACAGAGAGGGUGAUGGCCGCUGGGGUCGAAGUGGUCUUUCGGACUGGGAGGAGUGGAGAAUUCGGCAGGAUGUGAUCAUGAUCUUUCGCAUGUUGUUUCUGUGGAUGGUUGCAGCAGCUGUGGCCAGGCUGAAUGGUGAUCGUGAUCCGGAUUUCCUGCUGGAGCACCCUGAAGACCCCAAGAUCGUUCUAGGUCAACCGGACUAUGCUUCGUUGUGGGCCUUCCCUGAGAUUGAGUUCUUGGGUCAUGGCUUCUCAAAAGUGCCCGCGGGAGCUGUGGAGUUCGUGGAUCUUCCACCCUCACGGAGGAGGAGAGAGAUCAUGCUGGGUCGGGCUUUAGGAUGCUUGGGUGGUUCAGUGCUUGAGUCUGUGAUGAAGAUGGACCACACCUUCCUCGAACACCUUCGUUCUUUUCGUGGACACGCUCAUCGUCCCAAACCAUGGUGCCUCAGUUUGGAUGUGGUUGGACCAACCCGAAAUGGCUGCGACGAGUAUGUGAAGAAGAUUCGGUAUGCGCUGAUUGGAACAUUGGUGGUCCCCCAUGUGUUGGGGAAGCUACUUCAGCCUCCCGAUCCUGGAACGGACAAUGGAGGAGGUAUUGGUCCUAUGGAUGAGUCCGAUCCUGUUUGCGAGGACGGGUGCGGGGCCGAUGAAGAGGUGGGGCUUGCCGCCCCAGUGGAGGAAGAGCGCAGCAAGCGAGAGAUGGAAAGGUGGCAAGCCCGCGUGGACGAGGACAAGCUGGAUGGAGUGGCUUGCGUGGAAGUUCCCUUUGUGGUUACCAUGGCUUCCAAAACGGCCGCCGAGGUGCUAGCUGCUACCAAGGACAUCCUGGUUCAGGUGAAGAAGUUGGGACUGGUGGUGCAGCGAGUGCACACCAACCGAGGGCGUGAGUUCAUCUGCAAAGGUUUCCGAGCGCUAUGUCGAGACAGGGGGGUAGUCCGAACAACCACCCCUGGAGAUGACUUCAAGGCCAAUGGCAGAGUGGAGGCUCUAGUGGGCCGGGCAAAGAAUGCAGUUCGAACCUACCUCGCCGGUUCCGGGAUGGGUCCAGAAAUGUGGGGCUUUGCGAUGCGCCACUAUGUGUCAAAGAUCCAGCAGGAGAUCGUGACGAGUUCAUGGAGAAGGUGGUGGCUGCCAAGAUUCUUUGCCCCUCUAUGGAUGUGGCCCGGGGCCCGGGGCUUUCUGGUUCGAGCGGAUGACGGCACCUAUCUGACGACCAUGGUCGCGGUGGAGAAUGUCAAGGAGGUUUCGGGCGAGUUUCGUGGAUGUCUACAGCAGGCGGAUGAUGAUCAUGGCCUUCGGAGGGCCUGUGGAGAAGAGGAAGAAGCUCUUCUACAGGAUGAGAAGCUUGCAAAGGAGUUCUCCGAAGCCGGGGAUUUCUCAAUGAGGGCUGCAGAUGAACUACUUGAAGGCCUUCGUUUGGGUGAUGUAUACACUCCAAAUCGACGCCCGGGUCUGGAUGAAGGUGACUGUCAGAAGGUGGCAAUUCACGUCUUUGGCAUGUACCGUCAUGGUGGAGUUGUGGGUACCACUCUUGGAGCUCGCCGGCAUCCUUUGUUGGCUCGGUUCCUUGCAGAGGUGGUGAAAGCCAAUGCGCCUUCGGGAACUACAUUCACUACAAUGUCACUCAACUUCAACACCACCAUGCGUUUACACCGUGAUGGCAACAACCAAGCUGGGGAAAAGGCCUACUUGAUGGGCUUUGGAAACUAUGUUGGUGGAAGUUUGUGGUGCCAUGAAGACGCCAGUCCUUCUACGUCUAUGUGGAAAAAGUUCAAUGGCAAGUGGCAAGUGGCUGUCUGGUCGUUGAUCAACCUGAGGGGGGAGGUGUGCGUAUGGCGGUGGAGACAGAAGGGCCAGAUGAAGUACCAGUUUCUUUUUCGCGUUUUCCGUCCAAAAGGGGAGAUGAUCAGGAGCCGGGGGAGCACCAGACCUUGGAAUCUCAUCGAGUUUGUGGCGGAGAUGGUCAGGAGUCAAGGUGGUCCCGAGGAGUUCUUCAUUGGUGAUGACAGCGCCGAUGAGGAGAAGGAGAGUCAGUGGAGCGAUGAGUGGAUCCGCGAGUCCUGGGGGGCGUAUGGUCCGCCUCAAGUGUCCUGUCUCAAGGCGAUGAAUGAGCUGGACGCGUCUUCGUACCAGAUUGUCGGCUCAGAGGUUCCGUUGGAGGUUGGAUGGGAUCUCUUCGAUGAGUUCUUCGACUUUGGUGCUGGUUCAAGAAGAGAACGAGGUCCACUGUCUCAGCGGGUAGACACUCGUUUGGAGUUGGAGCGCAUCAUGAAGGACUUUGUGCCUGAGGAUGGUGCGGGUGGCUGUGAACACUUGUUCAAGACGGAGUCGGUCCCUGAGGAGUCUGAGGUUCCUCUUCACACCAAGACGAUCUCCAACGAGGUUGUGAGGAAAGAGAUUGGCAAGUGGGUGCCUAGCAUGCUGUCCGAGUACGAGUCGCUGAUUCGGGAAAAUGAGGCCGUGGAACCCUUUGCGGAGGAGACCCUGGAGCAGUGGAAGAGAGAGGGCAAGGACUUCGAUUUGGUUCCCGGAAAGACUGUGCACACGGUCAAGGCCUUCACUGGACGCCUUAAAACUCGGGCAGUGAUUUGCGGCAACUUUCUUGGUCAGACGUUCUCCAAGGACCAGAAGUAUGCGGCGGGAGCAGAUGGGGUUCUUAUUCGGGUCGUGUUGCGCAUGGUGGCCCUCAUAGCCUGGGCCCUCUGUGUGAUGGAUGUGCGAACGGCCUUUUUAUUGGCCCCGAGUUUGCCGGGAGACAAUUUGGCGGGUGACGCGGGCAUUUACGGCGUGGUAGAUGGCAGUCUGUGGUACGUUUUGGUUGGAGACCGUAGAGCAGGAGCCAUUGUGUGCUACGUGGAGGAUUUACUGAUCGCAGGUCACUUUUUUAAUGGCUUCGAGAUUGCCCGCUCGGACCAGGGGAUGAUUCUCAAGCAGGACAGCUAUACCAAGGACCUCCUGGCCCGUUACAAGGACCUUGUUGGCUACGAGGACGUUCCGGCCCCGGUGCAGCUGUCGCCUGAAGACUUCGUGAUCAAGGAGUCAGAAGUGGCUGCUGAUUUUGUUCGUGCAGCCCAAACGAUGGCGGGAGAACUCCAGUGGUUGGCUGAGAGAUGUCGUCCGGAGAUCCUGUAUGCGGUGAACCUUCUGUCCCAUGUGAUCAGCAAGAACCCCAAGGAGGCGGUUUACCGAGGUGGGCACUUGCUGAAGUAUUUGAAGUGCUACCCGGAAGGCGGCAUCUACUACCCGUCCGACCCGCUGCUUACUCCGGAUACUCGUCUUCAGUCUUCAGGAGUGGUGAUCGAAGGCUUCCGUGACGCUAGCUUUGCCCCAAACUCCGGGCGAAGCCAGCAGGCUAUCAUGUUUUUCAUGAUGGGCGGGCUGGUGGCAUGGACCAGCAGCAGACAAGCCUUUGUUACGAUGUCCACCGCGGAGAGCGAGCUGGUGGCCAUCUGUGAGCUUGUUACUUGUUUGAAGUCAGUUGAGCACCUGAUCGCGGAGGUGAUGCUGAAGGACAAGUCGAAGGUGAAUGACGUGAUCAAGGCCAUCCACUCGGACAGCCAGGCAGCGCUGGCAGUGUGCCGAACGGCGGCUGGGUCGUGGAGGACGCGGCACUUGCGGAUAAGGGGCAGCCUUAUCCGUGAGCUUCUUGAGCAGGCGGAUUGGACCGCCCAUCACGUUGAUGGACGAGUGAUGCUAGCUGACCUCGGGACUAAGGCUUUGUCUGCAGACCGCUUUGGUUUCCUAGCCGAACGGAUGCGAGUGGUGAGAAAGCGCUGCCCGGAUACCAAGUCGUCUGCAACCCGACCCGAGCCCGUCAAGAAGCUACUACUACUGUUGUGGCUGGCCUCCCUGGUGGAACAAGCGAAUGGAGCGUCAACGUCCGAGCACGAGGCCCCGAACUCGUUCGACUACCAGUUCUUGCUUGUUUGCGUG